AUAAUUUUCGUUGAUUAAUAGAACAGUUAAAAGGAUGACUUCUUAAGAAAUAACUUUUUUAUUCUUUCUUUUUUUUUACAAGUAAUUUGAAAGUUUUGUUUGAAAAAAAUUUGAUUCAAGACCUCAAAGAUCCAUCUCUCUAAUAAACUCACUUUUAAAGCCGAAAACAAUUGCAAAGUAUAUGGUUUUUUGUGAAAGAUAAAAACUCUAGACUUGCUAAUAAUACAGUUCUAAAAUGAUGUUGGACACGGAAAAAAUGGACGUAGAUCUUUCUAUUGUGAAGAAAGAACGACUUGAACUAGACGAUUAUGGCCAGAAUACCGGAAAUAUACUAGACAAUUUUAUUACAGAGCAUGACUACCACGAUUUUCCUCAAAGUGUUCCUAAUGUGCAGUGCAUUGGUGAUGACGAUGUUAAUGUAGACUGGCUUUCAAGUUUUUUUGACGAACCUUUACACGAUCAUAUGUCUGGUUUAAACCCUCCUUUAACUGAUCUUGUAUCCAUUUCAAAUUCGAACUCAAAGUUAACGUUUGUAUCUGGUGAAAACGAAGAUUUGUGUUUAGACUCGAUGCCCAUAUUUUCAGAAUGCUACACUAACGGAGUUUUUAACGUAUCUAGCAAAGGUAGUACAACAACGUCAACUUCGUCUCCAGCUCUCAGAAAUUUUAAUCCUUUAUUGUCACAAACAAAAAAAGAAACUUUUACCGAAGAUGAUUUUGUCAAAGAUGAUGUAAAAAAGGGUCAAAUUCUUACUAAACCCCAAAACUUUGAAGUUGACAAACAAAUCACAAAAACUGAAAACCAGCAAAAACUUUUUUUAUUCAUGAACACGCCGGAGAAUCGCGUCAAAUUAGCCGGCACAAACUUUAACAUUAUAAAUGCAAAUUUAUUAAAUAAACUAUCAGGUCAAAAUAAUGAUAAACCUAUGAACGUUAUUCAACUAAAGAAAUGCAUUAAAUUAAACAACGUCGUCAAGUGCAAUACGACAACGACCAAUAGUAAUGCAUCGACUGUUUCAUCAGAAAAUAAAACCCUUAACACAGCACCUAAAAUUAUAUUAAAUAAAAACAAUGGCAUAACUGAUAUUUUGCAAUCUAGCUUAUUACAAGGAAUCAUCAAAAAAGAGCCGGAAAACAUAGAAAUAGAUUCGGGUUAUGAAUCCCCAAAUUCUAAUGAAUCACCGUGUUCGCCUCCGGGUGACAUCGAUAAAUCAAGUUAUGACACCUACAUUGACGUGCCUCCCCAUGAGCGCCAACCGUUUUAUUUAUCGGAAGAAGAAAAAAGAACGCUGAUUAUCGAAGGACUUCCAGUACCAACUUCUCUUCCUUUAAACAAAAUGGAAGAAAGAGCUUUGAAAAAAGUGCGGAGAAAAAUAAAGAAUAAAAUAUCCGCACAAGAAAGCCGAAGGAAAAAGAAAGAGUAUAUGGAAGCCUUAGAGAAGAGGGUUGAUUCUUUUGCUAAUGAAAAUAGUUCAUUAAAAAAGAAAAUGAGCAAUUUAGAAGUGGCAAACCGAUCCUUAAUAUUGCAAGUUCAAAAGCUUCAGGCCCUGAUUUCCGGAAACUCGGAUAGUAAACAGAUUCCAGAUAUACAAUCAUUGGAAACUGUACCUUAGUUCCUUCUUGGAAGACUAGAGAUUUGGAGAUCAUCUUUGCAUAAAUUUAAGCUUUACAACUGCUCAAAUGAUGAAUCAUCUUGGAUGGAAUAAAAUGGUGUAGCGAUUCGUUAAAAAGCUGUUUUUAUUAACUUCUUGCGCUUUGAAUUUUGCAUGUAAAUCGCUGUAUUUUCCCAAAUAUGCGUGCUACUUUAAGUGCAUAGCGUGUGUUACUUGAAACGCAUGGGUGUGUGUUACUCAAGACGUCUGGACGAGUUUUUGGUAGUAUUUAUAAAAUAAAAUUGUAAAUAUAUAACAUUUCGAAAAUUUAUUUGUCAGGAUUUA